AUGUCUCAGCAUUCACCUCAGUCGUCUGCUGGCAAUGGUCCUGCAUCAAGCCCUUUCGCUGGCACCGACCCCACCCUGUACUCACCUGACAUGGCUCGUGACUCCAAGCACCGCAGCCACGACAGCGUCGCUACCGUCGUUGGUCAUGGCAGCAAGGCCGGCCUGGGCAUCAUCUUCGAGAAGUCUAAGGAGCUUCCGCAGCCUGAGCCUUAUGUGCCAGCUGGCUUUGUCGAUGAGCUCGACCGCGACAACUUCAUCUCUCGCCACAUGAUCGUCCUCCAGCUUCCUGAUGGCACCAACGCCGGUCUUGAUGCCGAGCACGAACUCUUCUCUGUUCAGCACCAGAUGAAGCUGUAUGCUUGCUUCCACACCUGUGUUCCGGUCUACACUCGUGGCGUCCACCUUCGCUUCGAUGACAUUCGUGACUCGGCAGAAGGCAAGCAGAUCCUUGAGCAGCAUGGCUUCCAGGUCGAGUACAUCACCGGCUAUCAGUACGCCCUUGUCAAAGCCCAGGAGACUUCUCUUGUCAACGACUUCGAAGGCCAGAUGCAGUUGUCUGUCAUGAUCGACGCCAACCCCGAUCAUGCCGUCUGGGAGUUCAGCACCGCCGAUGCCUGCCACGUGGAGCACGCCGUCAAGAACAUCGCUUCCGCCUUUGGCAAGGUUCGCAACCUCAUUCACGUCGAGACCAACAGCAAGAAGAUGACUCUCACCUUCCGUCUUGAGUUUCAUAGUGUCGAUGCUUGCAACCGUGCUGUCAACUCGCUGCGCAUCGAUCCUGUCUGGGGCACCAACUCUGAGGUCAGUCAUCCACUCCUGCCAUGUCUUCCCUUCAUGCUAACUCUUACACAGAAGUCCUUCCAGUGGGUCACUGUCGAUGCUGCCCAUUGGUACACCAACCUUGCCACCAUCUCUCCUGGUCGCCCCUUGCCUCGUGUCGACAACAAGGGUCGCUAUCCGCAGUUCCGCGCUGCUGAUAGCACCGAUGGUCCCUUUGGCCACUACUCUCGUCACCCAUCUGACCAGCACAACCGUGUUCGUCGCGAGCGCAUCCUCGAUGGCAGCGAUGUGCGCACCACCAUCAUGCUUCGCAAUAUUCCGAACAAGAUGGACUGGAUGGCUCUCAAGGCUGUCCUCGAUGAGCAGUGCUUCGGUUGUUACGACUUCGUCUAUCUGCGCAUCGACUUCAAGUCAGGAUGCAACGUCGGCUACGCCUUCAUCAACUUCGCCAACGUCCAUGGCAUGAUCGCUCUCAUCGACAACAUCGAGCGUCGCUGCUGGACUGGAUAUCGCUCCCACAAGGCUGCUGAGAUCUCCUAUGCCACCAUCCAGGGUCGUGAGGCUCUCAUCCAGAAGUUCCGCAACUCGUCCGUCAUGCAGGAGACUCCGUUCUGUCGUCCUCGCCUGUUCCACACCUACAUCGACGCUGAGGCCACUGGCAAGCUUCGCUCCACCGGCACUGAGCAGGUCUUUCCUCGUCCCGACAACCUGUCCAAGCUCCAGCGCUCCAUGGAUAGUGCUCGUACCAUCGGUUUGUUUCCCCCUCACGGCUAUUCGUCUCUCGCUGAACACCGCGUCCGUGGUAGUGGCUAUGAUCGUGGCACUCCCCGCGACAUUAUGCAGGCAGCUAUGCACUUUGCGCGACAGCGUGCGGCUCCGGCGCCGACUGAGAUGCUGGACCUUUCCGAAGCUACGAAACAUGACAUCGAGGUCUGGUACACCCGCGUCUAUGGGCAAGGCCGCCUUGGAUGCAUUCCAUUCGACUUCAUCCCUAUGACUCAUCUCGCCUUGUACUUCGCCCAGCAGCAGACUAGCCCUCAGGCCAUGCCCACCAACCCUGGUAUCAUCGGCGCUCCCGCUCAUGGCUACGACCAGUCCGAUGCUGGCGUCUUCAGCAGCCCCUCUCGCUACUCCCCUCUGUCCGCUGACAAGUACACCAACCCUCGUGGCAAGUACGUCGAUCCUUUCAAAGGCAACUGGUAA